AUGGCGGAUUUUGCGAGAUUGAACGCGAAUCGUUUUCAUAUACUGAUGUUCAUAUUAUGGCAAAUCGCACUCUUAUUCUGCGCUCAGCAAAUAUUUCCAAUCUUUUACGAUUAUUACCCAAACCGUAAAUGUGAUGACACCUAUGGUGCAGGCGUAUGGAAUAUUUCAUCAGAUGACUGCAUGCCAAUCCACAGUGAACAGUGCGUGCUCCUUCAGAAGUGCCAUAAUAUUUCGUUGUUGCAUGUGGAUUUCCACGGCAUUGUUGAAUAUUUUGGUCUCUAUUGUGGUCAGCAGUCAUAUUCGUCAACCCUGGUGAGUACACUUCAGUUCAUUGGAGUUCUGUGUGGUACAAUAACGUAUGGACACUUAGGCGAUUAUUUCGGUCGAAAAGCAGUCUCGUUAUUUGGUAUUACAGUAGGAAUGAUCUGCGGUAUCGUAAGUGGUCUAUCAGUUUCAUGGCAAAUGUUUGCGGUACUUCGUUUCUUUGUUGGUACUUCAAUUGCAUGUGUAUUAGUUGUGUUCUAUACUUAUGUCCUCGAACUGAUUCUACCUGAACAACGUGUCUUUCUCAGAUCCUUCUUCAACUGGGGUUACGCGAGACUCAUUUUCACUCUUGUCUGCUUCUUAUUACCACACUGGAGAGUGGCAAGUAUCGUGACGUCUGUGCUCAUAUCCCCCCUCAUUCCCAUCAUUGCAUUUCUUCUACCCGAGACUCCUAAAUGGUACACGUCGAAACAGCGAUUUGAGCACGCAGAACGUGCAUACAAGCGGGUCAAUUGGAUUAGCGGUCAACAAGAUACUGAAACAAUUAGUGCUGAACAUUUGAGAGCCGAAUUCGAAAGUGCGGAUAAACGCGUUUACACAAUAAUGAAUCUCUUAUCGAAUCGUCAACUUGCAUCUCGAACUGUUGUUAUGUGCGUUCUGUGGUUUGCGACCAGUCUGAGCGCAUUUGGAAGCGAUUUAAAUUCAGGCAAUCUUGGUGGUAAUUUCUACUUGAAUCAGUUCAUCAUGAGCCUUGCGAUUGCAUUCUCCAAAAUUGCAAUCUAUAUUCUCGAUUCGCUUAUUCCAAAAUUCAGUAGGCGUUUACUGCAUCAGAUACCACAAGGUCUAAUGGUAUGUUGCUACGCCAGCAUUAUGUUCAUCAUGAUAUUUGGUGAAUCAGCAAAAUGCGAAGAAAAAAGCAACUCACCAACUGAUAUUGCAAUCGGUGUUUCAUUGAUUGAAAUCACCUGGGAUGCAUGUUAUUUAUGCGCUGUCGAAAGUUUCCCCACUGAGGUUCGUAGCAUUGGAAUGGGAACGUGUUCAUUACUGGCAAGAAUUGGAGCACUUAUCGCCCCACAGAUGGCUUAUAUGUCAUCGUAUUACAAAGCUGCACCGUACAUUCUUGUUGUCGUGAUCGGAUUAAUCAGUUUCAUUGUUUCGAUUGUCUUUCUGCGCGAUACAAAGGGAGUCGAAUUGGUUGGCUUACUGGGAACAACAAAAUCGAAUCAAUCAGUCGCAAAGGAUUUUUCAACGGCAACAACAAUUUCUGCGUUGGAAUGUGAUUUUAAGCUGAAUGAGAAUUGCACAAAAGAGACCGAAUGA